AUGGCUCGCACCAAACGAAAAUCCCCUGUUGUUGCCGCUGCUUCAUCUUCCUCGUCCGCCUCCGAUAAUGUUCCUGUCGCGGCAUUGCGGAAGAAAAUGAAAGGUAAGCAAAAUGUGCCGCAAUCAAAAUCAGCUAGUGAGUCUUCUCACUCGUCCAAGGGUGUCGAAUCCCCUAAAUCAACGCCAGAAAAGAAAACAACAAUACAGAAGCAAGGGAUGGAUGCCAAAAGAAAAAUGGGUAUAGAAAAACUUUCGGGUUCAGUGGAUAAAGCACUGUUGGAUUGCAAAUUCGUCAAAUGGGAGAACUUUAAUCAGGUAAACUUUCACUUUAAAGAGCUUUUUGAGUUUCAAGGCUGGUUGGAUGUGUGUGAAUGUGCAAAUGAGUACUACCCUAGGCUUGUACAAGAAUUUUAUAGAACCAUGAGAACUGUUGAUAAUGAGGAUCGAUUUGAAGUGAUUUUGAAUACAAAUUCAUAUAGUGUUUCUGUUGAACUGAUAGCCACGGCUUUGAAAUUGCCCAAUGAUGGAAAUAAAAUUUCCUCACAUAAGGAUGUUGCUAGGGUGGCAGGGUUUAAUCUGGUUGAAUUUGAAAAUGAGGUGUUCCCUGCUAACACUGCCAAAAAUGAGAAAUCCACCAGUACCAAAGCCCUCCAGCAUAUCAAAAUUAUUCACAGUAUGGUGAAUUAUGUGUUCUGUCCGAAAUCUGGCAGUUAUGGCUAUCUGAGUCACUUGGACAUGUGUAUUAUGUGGCACAUUGUGAAUAAAGUUAGGUUGAAUUUAGCUUACUUAAUCUUCAAAAACAUGUGCAAAGCCUAUGGGAUUGGGAAACUGCCUUAUGCACAUUUGUUAACUGCUGUGUUUAAAGAGCUAAAGGUGAAUGUCACUAAGGAAAUCUCUAGGGCUGACUUGAUAGUGCUUAGAGAAAUACAUUCCGAAACUGAUGGGAGAAAAACAAGAUUUGAAAAGGGUGGUUCCUCCUCUGCUAAAGUUGAUUCUGGUUCUUCACUGCUCACUCAAAAUGAGGAGUUAAAGAAGUCGAUUACGGCUCUUCAAGAGCCAAGGAACUUGGAGUUCAAACUAAAGUUGAGGUCACUCGGGUUUCUGGCGAUAGGAGAAAGCAACAAAGUUGAAGAGUCUCCUGAUAUGGCAUGUGAAAGUGGUAAACUUGCUGAAGCAGAACUUGAACCUGUAGUGGAUGCCCAUGAUGAGCAAGCUAGUGACCAGGUUCUUGAACCUGAGAUUGGUCCUACAACUGAUGUACCUCCUGACCUUGAUGGUAAAAAAGUUGUAGCACCUGAAAGUGAGUUGCCAAAGGAAAGUGAAACGGUUCUAGAAUCUGAACAAGCUGUUGAACCUCCAACUGCACCACCAGUUGAGCCAGCUGUUGUUCCUACACAAAGACCGUGA